CUUUAACUUCCUGUUUAGGGUACACAAUGGCGUAAAUUACGUCAAUGAAGCUCAACAAAGAGUAGGGAUAUGCGCCCACACGUACAUUACACGUCUCACGCUUGUACCCGCUGUUGAAGGCAUGGUAACUCACUUCUUCGAGAAUGGUUGAAUGACGUCAUUGGUGCGGCAACCAGCGGGGACCACGAACAUGCCAAACAGGUCUUCAAAUCACAGAAGCUCUCAUGAGCUAUCAGACGAACAAAACUCUACAUACUAUGAUUUAGCAGACGACGAUCCCCGGGGUUCUAGGCACAACAGAUCAACACAUUGCAACCCAGGGUCAAAGCAGAACAAAGGUAGCAAGCGACUGAAGACUAGUGCGUCCCCAGUGCCGGGUAUUGAACCCUACACCCUCGUCAUCCUCCCCGGGUACAACACCAAGGCCGCUGGCAGGCAAGAUGAAGGCUCACACAAUCCCGCUGCAAGGUCACGUGAGAAAGGUGCUGGAGUCGCAGCUCCCAGAACCAUCGACUCCCAGCCCAGCUCCAGCAGUGCCCAGUACGACAGUGACGGCAGCUGUACCAAGUUUCACAGCGCCACGGCCAUCGGUCAGUCCAAGCCUCACAUCGCUGCCGGUCAGAGCAAGGUCAGAAGCAGCACCAACAUCGGUCAGAGCAAGCCCAGGAAUGUCAAUUCUACCGGUCAGGGCAAGGCGCAGAGUGGCACUGCGAUUGGUCAGUCGAGGCCGAAGAGUGGUGAUUCUACUGGUCAGUGCAAGACGGAGAGUGCUGUCAAGGGGAUGAGUCAGUGCAGGCCGAAUAGUGGCGGUGCUGUCAGUCAGUGUAAUUCACACUGUAAGUCGAGCUCGAGCUAUCUGGAGACAGGCACCAACAAGCGGCCGUGGAGGUACGAGAAAAGCCGCAGCAACGACAAAGACCCGAGCUACCGCCCUUCCUUCGACACGAUCGUCUCGCCUCGCUACAAGAACGGUCUCACCCAGCGUCCAUUUUCAGAGGCCAGUGAGAAGGAUGUGACCCACAAACCACGUCCAUUUUCAGAGGCAAGCGAGAAGGAUCUGAGCCGCAAACUACGUCCAUUUUCAGAGGCGAGCGAGAAGGAUCUGACCCGCAAACCCCGCAGUCGGUCUAAGGAAUACAGCUGGGUCUCGCACUUCCGGCCUCCCUCCUAUGACGACAUGAAAAUUUCCCUCGACCCAAAGCUAUCCAGAAGGUCAAGGUCGAGCGAAGCGCCCUCUCUUAAGGACCUCUAUGGCAGCGAGACGACCGUCUAUGAGAGCAGAAAGGGCUCCCCUCUGGAUGCCAUGUUUGAGCGUCAGGCCCGGCCCAGGAACACCAACUGUACCGUCAAGACGGACGGGACCAGCUGUACCACCAGCACCGCCACGUCUAGUAAUUCUAAACAGGUGAAGCCACGCCUCCGCAGCGAGACGGACCUCGAGUUUGAAAACUUCCCGGACCCGACCCCCGGCACCCACGGGGACGACGACAGGUCCGGCAUCAACCACGCCGGCAACGCGGUGGUACCCGCCGUUGAGGACAUCUCCGAUACGAUCUACUGCAAGGAGAGGACCGGCCGUGGCGCGGGGUCCGCCACCGUCUACGUCAGCAAAACGAAACAAAUCUACAACGUGGGAUCUAGAUCACGGAAAACCUCCCCGCAGAAAGAUCGUCCUCUUUUCUCUGCGCGUAUUUUAAACAGCGUCUACGACUCCAAAAACAAGAGUCAUUAUCUUCACAAAAAGCCACACCGAAAUAGACCACUUGUGUCCAUCUUGACGUCAACUAGCGGGGGUAGACGUAUGCAUCAGAGGAAGCAUUCCGCGCAUGCGUCGGCGUGUGAGAAGCAGUGCGCGAAUUCUUUGACUAGUGAAACGUCAUACACGCUGAAUGAUGGGGAGGUAUCUCAAGAGGACGUCCAGGUGUGUCAAGCGGAAACCUCCCUGUGCCAGGGGUCGCCUAAGAUGGCAGUGUACACGGUCAAUAUCCCGUUGGACGUACCGGGGAAGAAGAAAGUAAAGGGGACAGGAGGGGAGAGAAGGACAACGGAGAUUAUCGAGAUUGGGUCUGACCUCAUCACCGUGAAGGAACCGGAAGUGUGCAGACCGCAUCGGCGGAGGUGUCGCUGGCAGGGGGAGGAAGGGGAGAAACAUUCAGCAAGCACGUCGACACAAAACAGUCAUUCCAGAUCGAAACGGCGGCGGCAUAAAUAUGGGAACUUUGGCUGGAGACAGGUCAGUGAGUACUCACGAGCAAAGGGCAGCAACUGCUACAGAUUGGAGGGAACAAGUGAUACAUUGACAUUGAGUAACAAAAGCAGUCACGCGGAAAAACCUUCCAUUUACGAGGCCAGCAGGGCUAAACAGCCGUCCAACCGUGUCAAGAGCAGCGCGAACGGUGGGUCCGCCCGCUCUAGGAGCAGACCAGUAGACCAGGGGGGAGAGAGCAGGAAGACGGUGGAGGAAUGUGGCACCACGGGGAAUUAUAGCCCUCGGCUCAAGUACGCAUCAAAACCACAGGGGAAGGGGAUUCGGACACCCUCGUUGACAAGGCAACAUGAACGGAAGGAGGGACUAGACUCACAGGUUCACCAUGAAGCAUUAUCCAACUGUAUCAAAGAGGGGGAGAGGAACUCUAUGGUAAAAGACCGAGCAAUAUCAGACGUCGGAUCAAGGCUAACCUACGAUACCGGACACCGGAAAUCUGAACCCUGCUCCAGGUCCUCCGGAAGUUUGGAGAAGGAACCGCCCACCAAACACACCUGCGCAGAAUCGAACGACGGCGCAUCGAGGGCAGCGGACUCGCACUAUUCCAGACACUGCGAGUCGAGGGAAUCUCGGGGCAACACUGUCUCGGAAGACAGAGGUUCGAAACCGUCACAGAACGCCAGAAACCUCCUUCAGUGUAUAGAGUUUCAGGAACCGCGAGACGACCGGAAGUGUUCACAGGCUCAGGAUAGUGGUCUCGGCAGCCAGCAGCAGCCCAGUACAGCCGAGCAGAGCCGUCGGCGGGAGGGGAAUCUGCAUCAACCGUCGUCAAGCCGUGCGGAAUGUGAGAAGACGAUGAUUGAGGAGGAUAAACGAGAUGUGUCAAGCCGAGUGGGGUCAAAGGGUAAAGGUCAACAGACUGGGAGACAGGGCAAACCGGCGCUUCACGAAAAUAAACCAACUACUUCCGAACAAUGCCGGAACAAACCGACAAACCCCGAAGACGACGAGCGACGAGAGUCGGAAUUCAAAAGCGCCGAGACGAACAUGCAUCGCGUAGCCACACGUGAGUCGCCUCGCAGUUUUUCUUCGCGGAGCUCCAGCGCCAACUCGGCAAGCGGGGCGUACCCUAGGGCAAUGUCCGGGCAGCCCACGGGCCAAACCUCGCCUGCCAACACCAGAAGGCAUUGCAGCUCCAACACGGACAUCCCCGCCAAAAACGUCACCAACAAGAGGAACGAGGAAUGCCAAAACGAACCCAAGGUGUAUAGAUCCGCUCAAGUAGGACCGCGAGAGAGUGGCACGAAAUUGAGGUCACGCUCGAGAAACAUCGAAUCCAGCACCGUUGGGGAUGAUUUUAAGUCCGUCCACAGGACGGCAAGUGUUCACUCCAUCACUAGCUCGAGUGAGAAACUCAAAGCACGUUCGAACAACCCGCAAGAAAGACCCUCCCUUGUGCAUGAAGAAGAGGCAAUGGACACUAAAGAUGUACAAGUGCAGGCCCGGACUGUACGGGAGAAGGGAAGUUGUAGGAAGUUGUCUGGUCGGUACAGCAAGGUGACGUCGUUGAGCAACCACAUGUUGACUAAGAUCGAAGAGGAGAGGAAUAUCGGAGAAGACGAGGCGUGUGGUCAGGCGGAUCAGUGGCAGAAGAACAAGGAGUCGGAUGAGACCAGACACGUAGACACCCACAGUUCUGAGAACUACAACACCGAGAACACCAGAAGCGCCUGGUCGUCGUCACAGACGAAGACGAUGAAAGAGCAGGAGACACAGUACUCCGACAGCCUCCAGAAAACAGACAGGAUGACCUGCACGUCCUCCAAGUACGACGGCAACAUUUUCAAGCCAGAAAAGCGCUCGUUGGUCUACGAUCAACGCGUGUUUAACAAGGAAGCGUUGGAGACUGGCCGGAUGUUUUUCUGGGAGAGUGGGAAGCUGUAUAAGCUACCGUUCAAGUGCGAGAAGGACAAGAGCGCCAAAACCUCACGGAGGUGUCUCACGCGAGAUGACGCACAGCAGAUGCCGGUACGCAAAAGUUGCGCAGAGAAAGAAGAAUCAAAAUACCCGCUGGAUACAGCACGGAAAUACGGUGACGAGAUCGGAAGCCAGUGCAUAAUGCGAGAAGUUUCCAGAACUGUGGGGAAAAAACUCGAUCCUGGGCCUUACACGGAUGAUUGUUUGUACUCCGUGAAAGACAAACGCCAGAAAUAUGUUCCACACAGGAGCUUGGAUGAUGAUUGCAGCUGGGACGAUAGGAGCUUGCCAAAGUCAAGCAGAUGUGCAGAGGUGACAAGCAUGUCUAGGUCGAAAUGUGAUUUGAAACCAAAGAGAGAGCAGAGGCGGGUGUACGAGGACGAGGCGUGCACUUCAGAAGAACAUCAGGGCGAACGUGCAAGUUCGCCGUGGCGAAGCACCAGGCAGAACCCGAUUGCAAUGUCGCGUACUGUCGAAUGCGCGGAUUUCUUAAACAGAGAAAAGCUGCCAGUAAAAAUAUCAUUAUCCUGUCUUCGCCAGGAAGAUUCGCGCCGUUCGAAAAAGGCGCCAAAUGACGUUAUUGCCCUGUCUUCGUACUAUGCCAAAGACACAGCCCGUGCCUAUAAGUCGGGGUCGGGUGCUAUUCCCCGCAGCAAGCACCGGAGCGGUGAGAUCCCAGGAUCGUACAGCGACCCCGAUGGCCUUGCUGGGGAAGGCGACAGCGACGACCUCACAGAGAUCAACCAAAAGAGAACGCAAUCUCGUUUGAAGAACACGUUCUGCCCGGAUUAUACCAGCCAGCUCAGCAAAGGUGAUCUGCCCUCAAGAAGGCACCGAACAAUCAGUUCGUAUUCCUGUGACAACAUCCAAACGGAUCUGUUCAAACCUCCCCGACAUAAAGACCGCACUGCUCGCGUGUAUGCUAGAAACACAGACAACCCCUGUAGCCGUCAGUCUUUGAGUAAUCCUGUCUUACACGGCACUUUGCCGGACCGAAGAUCGUGGACGACUCCUUUGGGAGAGGAGGAAGAAGCAUGCACUGAGCAGUUCUCUAGGAGGGCAUCACGAACAUCCCCCGAUUGUGUCUCCCCAUCGCGACACAAACUCGCAAGCCGAAGCGUCGAGCAGAGCUUGACGGCCAGAAAGCCGCCCAUGAGCGACACCCAGCGUUUUCUUUCUGAUGAAGAUUACGAGAGCUCGCGACAGGAGUCUUCAGAGAGCCAGAACGUUAGGGCGUGGAAGAGCAGCGACAAGGAACUACGACCCAAGUCUUUCACAUCACGAGUUGCUUGUAAAGAGAUACCUGACUCCAUCCGACGUAGGACUAAAGACUCGCGAGAGUUUCGAACCUUCAGCAGCAGCCUAGCAGAAAACGAGCCGGUGCGGGUGGACACAAGUAGGUUGAAGACGAGAACCGGCAGCCAUCUUGCAGGGCAAAGCCUCAGCGCUCGUAAUCUCUCGACACAAAAGACCGGCUUGGUGAAGGAGUUGGCCGUAGAUAAAGACGGGCUGUACGAGGUGAGGUCGCCUCAGGGGUACGCCACACAGGCUUUGAAUGAUCAGUGCGCUGAGGUUUUUACCGCUCAGGCCGCCUCUCUUGGCGACAUCACACAGAAGCAUGCGUCCCAGAACACUGUGAUUAUCUUGAAGGAUUCCAACGUCCAGACGGAGACCGGCUCGGCUCAGAACUUCACAAGCCGGCUCAAUAGCUCUGAUAAGAUGGGGCCGUCGUUAAAACCCAGUGGCCAGGAUAAACUGCAAGAAAUAUCAAGCCGCGUUGGAGACUUAUCCAAGAUGGAUUCCACCCCCUACCACAGUAAACCAGGCUUCCACGGAGACGGGAGUCAAAUCGUCAGUGAUUAUGUACGGGGGGUUUCAGCGAUCGACAAAUCAAAAGAAAACCUUAAAAAGUCUAUCAGACCUGAUGAAUCUAUUCGGCGGAUGGAAGCGGGGGCUCCAAGAUCGCGUACACCCUCGAAUGAAGCGAUUGCAUACGGCCGGAGGGAAGAACCCUCAAAGAUCGUAGACGACUCCCUGUCCACAAGAUCUAGCUACAAAAACUCCCAGUCCAAACUCCCCAGUGAAGGUUGUCUGGAAUCAACAAAUCGUCCGAAGGAUACAUACCUCAAGUCCUCCACGGUCGGAUUUAGUAAAGCAGACGACGGUUUGUUCCAAGAGCGGCUGAGGGCACCAACGGAUUCCAAAUUCAACUCCACGACGGGUUUGAAAUCUCGACAGAGUCUCAACUCGGCAGAAAACCCGGAGAGAACUCAAAUCAAAGACUGCGGCUGCAAGAACAAAAAGCCAGAAAGAACCAGCCCGCUGGCAAGUUAUACCACCCGAUGCGCGCAACUCAAAUCCGACGGGUCGGGACUAAACUCGCAGAACAAUUCCGAAGGGUCGGAAAAUGACGCGCGGAAACCAACUUCGGACUACCGCUCCUCCGAGGACUGUCCGCGGGCUGUGGGGUCGAGAUCUCCGACCUCCGUCCACCACCCCCACCGAGAACUGUUUUCCUUGAACGACUGCUAUUUCCCACGCGGCACAUCGAGGUACUCCACUGCCGACAUGUACGGCGCUGUAGGGGACGUGGGCGCCAAGAAAAAGAGAAAAGGCAAAGAGUCGAGGUCUAAGACGAAGGUUAACUCACCCUCACCCCAGCAAGGGGAUGCUCCGAGUUCACAAAGGAGCGACGCUGGUAAAUCUUUUGGAGUGCCAAAGGAAAAGCGAACCUCUCCAGGCUUGUAUCCAUCAUCGAGCAGAACUAAGACCACCUCACCUGGAGGCAUGUCUAGGGGUGAUAUGAGAGCCCCAUCACCACGACGCCCUAUGAGCAACGCCAACUUCAACCAAGACAAUCUCAACCCCAAGGGCACGGUCGUCUACCAGAUGAGCGCACGUUACGUCACCACCAACGGGCUGCGGGUGGCAGGGGGAGUCCGCGUCAUUCUCGACGCCAUCCAGAGGCUGGGAUAUGUACAGAUGAUCUCCCCGCUUAAUGAGGUGUACGUUACCCACUACAUCCACACCAUCACCUACUUAAGCUCAACCUCAGCAGCUGGUGUGGCAUGGAGCGCCAUUGUGUACAAGCCGACGUCGGAUAAAGAUCAGAAAGGGUCUAAACAGUCGAAAGGAAAAGAUGAAAGCGCCCAGGACAAGGUGGACGUGGCCCAGGUUGUCUUCUGCGACCCCUACCAGGCCCACCGGUUCCGCAUCGUGCUGGACACGGUCCGCUGCGCCUUCCACAACAUCGACUGCGUGUCCAGCGCGACAGCCAACACGCUGCUCGGCACCGGCCAGUGCGCCUCCUGCCCCCCGAACUUCCCCACCGCCAUGAUCGACCCCCUCGCAGCCGACAAGUUCACCCAGUCCUGCUGCAGUUCCCCGCGAUUCACGCCCUGGCCUAUCGUAGGUGGAUUCGUUCCCUGUCCCGCACCCGGCGUCCCAAUCAACGCUCCGGCACCAAUGAUGAGCCGGCCGCCGUGUGAUGCCGGACCGUCCGGAUACUCCUGCGGGAUGAACAACUCCCAGAGGAGCAGUCAGCCACCGCCUUGUUCCAGCCCCACCAAGAACAUGGGCUGCGCCAUCAACGCGGAUCUAGUGUACGACCCCUACGCUUAUGAGAACGCCAUAGAGAAAACUCUCUUCAGCUCUGUGGCUUGUUUGGUGCGCCUCUCUAAGGACAGGACUUGGCUAGAGAUGCAGCAGGGAUUUGUCAAGGUGACUCAGUGCUCUAACGGCAUGGGCUUCAGUCUAGUCUUUGAGAGCGGCUGCCGUGCGGGCUGUACUCACCACUACAUACGGCGAGACACCAUCUUUGAGCGCGCCCCGCGCACACAGCACGGGUUUAUCUACAACACCAUCUGUAGCGGUGAGAAAGGUACCGUCGUGGACGAGUUCCUCAUAUCCUUCCAGACGAAAGCCGAGGCAGAUAACUUCAAGUGUGUUGUGGAUAAGUGUCACAACCUCCUGAUGAUGACCGCUGCCAAGCCGCUGGACUGCAACACGUGCGGUUACCCCGCCCUCUACAACACCUCUUGGUCCAACUCCUGUGGCAACAACAACUGCAGCUGUGACGUGCCCGCAUGCCCCUGGGGGGUGGGGGAGACGUCUGCUUCUCUGCGAGUUGAUGAAGAAAGCGAACAGGAUGUCAUUGAUUGGAACGACAACAACCAUAACCCUAAACAACCUGUGAUAAACGGGUAUCUUAACCCUAACGUCUACUGUGAUCGGUUAAUAUUUAACCCGACGUUGUCCAGCGCUAUUUCAGGAAACGGGAAAUCCCGGCGCUAUUUUAACACCGCGCUUGUCACUCUCUUGAAAAUACGAAACGAAAGAUUAUUAACACACCCCACAAGGAGCGAUAAAAACUCAUUGAAUUUCCUGGAUAAUUCCACAAUCCACACACCCUACGUCUGCCGUAUGUUGAAACGGCUUAAAUCUUCGUGAAGAAUUUCUCAAAUCCGGCAAAGGCGAUGGAAUCUGGACGUAAUACGCAGGCCUGCCGCUUUAUUGGGAAUACAUAAAGGACUCGGACAAGAUGAUUGGCGUAUUUUAGUCGUGGCUAGGACGAUUAGGCAAACUCCUGGCAAAGCGAAAAGAUGAUUUUUUUGCCGUGAAUGCUGCUAAUCGAAGAAAACAAAAUAUAUAUUUUAAUUUGAAAACCAAUAUCCGAUUUGUUUGGUCUCAACCUUUCCAAUGUUGAUCAAUUGGCUGAAGUAAUGUUAUACGAGUUUCUAAACACAUAGUAAACAGAAA